CCUCGAUGCCCCAGCCUUCUGGUCUGACCCCACCCGCUUUCUCCCCGUCGGUGCAGCCGGUGCCUGGGUGUUGCUUUCUGCCCGGCGCUACGCACCGUUAGGUGCCUCGCCCCUGUCCUUCCUAUCUCACAGUCUGCGGAGUCCCCCUGUCGCUGUCCACCUGUUUCCUCAGCAAAAGGGCCAGCCCGUGAUCCCUGCUGCGAUCCUGGGGCCAUGGCGGGUCUGGGCCCUGGCGGAGGCGACUCAGAGGGGGGACCCCGACCCCUGUUUUGCAGAAAGGGGGCGCUGAGGCAGAAGGUGGUCCACGAGGUGAAGAGCCACAAGUUCACCGCUCGUUUCUUCAAGCAGCCAACCUUCUGCAGUCACUGUACCGACUUCAUCUGGGGCAUUGGAAAGCAGGGCCUACAAUGUCAAGUCUGCAGCUUUGUGGUCCACCGCCGAUGCCACGAGUUUGUGACCUUCGAGUGUCCAGGCGCUGGAAAGGGCCCCCAGACAGACGACCCUCGCAACAAGCACAAGUUCCGUCUGCACAGCUACAGCAGUCCCACCUUCUGCGACCACUGUGGUUCCCUCCUCUACGGGCUGGUGCACCAGGGCAUGAAAUGUUCCUGUUGCGAGAUGAAUGUGCACCGACGCUGUGUGCGCAGCGUGCCCUCCCUUUGCGGCGUGGACCACACGGAGCGCCGUGGACGUCUCCAACUGGAAAUCCGGGCUCCCACGUCAGAUGAGAUCCAUAUUACUGUUGGUGAGGCCCGGAACCUCAUUCCUAUGGACCCCAAUGGCCUGUCUGAUCCCUACGUGAAACUGAAGCUCAUCCCGGACCCUCGGAACCUGACAAAACAGAAGACAAAGACCGUGAAAGCCACACUGAAUCCCGUGUGGAAUGAGACCUUCGUGUUCAACCUGAAGCCAGGGGAUGUGGAGCGCCGGCUGAGCGUGGAGGUGUGGGACUGGGAUAGGACAUCCCGAAAUGACUUCAUGGGCGCCAUGUCUUUUGGUGUCUCAGAGCUACUCAAGGCACCUGUGGAUGGAUGGUACAAGUUACUGAACCAGGAGGAGGGCGAAUAUUACAAUGUACCGGUGGCCGAUGCUGACAACUGCAGCCUCCUCCAGAAGUUUGAGGCCUGUAACUACCCCUUGGAAUUGUAUGAGAGAGUGCAGAUGGGCCCCUCUUCCUCCCCCAUCCCUUCUCCAUCCCCCAGCCCCACGGACUCCAAGCGAUGCUUCUUUGGUGCCACCCCAGGACGCCUGCAUAUCUCUGACUUCAGCUUCCUCAUGGUUCUAGGGAAAGGCAGUUUUGGGAAGGUAAUGCUGGCAGAGCGCAGAGGCUCCGAUGAGCUCUAUGCCAUCAAGAUACUGAAAAAGGACGUGAUCGUCCAGGAUGACGACGUCGACUGUACCCUCGUGGAGAAGCGCGUGCUCGCGCUGGGAGGCCGAGGUCCUGGAGGCCGGCCACACUUUCUCACACAACUGCACUCCACCUUUCAGACUCCGGAUCUUUUGUGUGCUACUAAGCCACACCCACUCCUCCUCAGGACCCGCUUGUAUUUUGUGAUGGAGUACGUCACUGGGGGUGAUUUAAUGUACCACAUUCAGCAGUUGGGCAAGUUUAAGGAGCCCCACGCAGCAUUCUACGCUGCCGAAAUCGCCAUAGGUCUCUUCUUCCUUCACAACCAGGGCAUCAUCUACAGGUCAAUCAUUGCCUACCAGCCCUAUGGGAAGUCUGUGGACUGGUGGUCUUUUGGGGUCCUGCUGUAUGAAAUGUUGGCCGGACAUGGUAAGGCAAACCACCCUUUGAUGGGGAGAGAUGAGGAGGAGCUGUUUCAAGCUAUCAUGGAACAAACUGUCACCUACCCCAAGUCACUUUCCCGGGAAGCUGUGGCCAUCUGCAAGGGGUUCCUGACCAAGCACCCAGGAAAACGCCUGGGCUCAGGGCCAGAUGGAGAAGCCACCAUCCGGGCUCACGGCUUUUUCCGUUGGAUCGAUUGGGAGAGGUUGGAGAGACUGGAAAUUGCGCCUCCUUUCAGACCACGUCCGUGUGGCCGCAGUGGCGAAAACUUUGACAAGUUCUUCACGCGGGCAGCGCCAGCGUUGACCCCGCCAGACCGCUUGGUCCUAGCCAGCAUCGACCAAGCUGAUUUCCAGGGCUUUACUUACGUGAACCCGGACUUCGUGCACCCAGAUGCCCGUAGCCCAACAAGCCCUGUGCCCGUGCCUGUCGUGUAAUCUCAUUUGCUGCCGCUAGGUGUCCCCAGUGCUUCCUCCGCCAAGCCGGCUGUAACACCCAUCCACCCUCUCUAGUCCUGAAUUCUAGGUCUCUUACCCCACCCAGCCUUCUGGCCUCUUUUAGGCACCCCAACGAGUUCUAGACGCUGUUCCCCAGCAUUACUGGCAUUUUAAACUUCAAACAGUCUCUAGAGCCUUUCUGUGUUCUAGAUUCCGUUGUGCUGAGCCCUGUUUUCCCUCACCCCCAACAUCUGGAUACUGUUGCAACUCUUCCCAGAAACCCCACUUGGUAGUUUUAUGCCUUCUCUCUCCCUAGACCAUUCUGGGAGAAAUAGUCUCAUGAGAUUGCCUGCUCCAGACUAAGAUUCCAGAUCUGCUCCCCGCAUCCUUCACAGCCCCUCCUACCUCCACUUUCAGUUGUAGAAUUAAGUGAGAGGCUGGGCUCUAGCAGUCCAGACCACCUCCGUUCCACAUUCUGGGGAUUCCUGGCAUGCACCGAGAAUUCUUUCUCCCGACUUUUCUCAGUCAGCUUUUGUUCUAGACUCGUUCCAGAACCCCUCACUGCUCACCUGCCCCGUGCAUGACUCCAGCCUUGGUCGGAAUCACACACACACACACACACACACACACACACACACACACACAUCUUGUCCUCCGCAGUGCCUGCCACUUUCUGGGGACUUUCUCAUCCUGCACCCUCUUCCUUUAUCCUCUCCCACCCAGACACAGCUGCUGAAGAAUAAAUUUGGGA